AUGGAGUUACAGAAGGGUUGCCCUGAGAAGGUAACAGCACAGCAGAUGCCUGAACAACAAGAACAAACCAUGUGUCCACUCAUAGGAAGAGAUGAGCAUAAUGGCCAGGACAGGGGUGGGGGACUUGUUGUCCACUCCCAGAACAGUGCCAAAGGGCCUUGCUCACCAGUGAAUGGUGCCAUGGCAUACCUUGCAAAGAGCAUAAGGAGUAGUCGAAAAGCCAAGAAGAGAGAUCACAGGGAAGGCAAUGAAGAAGCAGCUUCUGAGGUCUCCAAAGAAAGCAGAGACUUGGAAUUCUGCUCUACAGAAGAGGAAAAAGAUGCUGGAGAUCUAAAAGAUGGUUCCCUCCUAAAAGCUAAAAGAAAGCAUAAGAAAAAACACAAGGAGAGACAUAAAAUGGGAGAAGAGGUUAUACCAUUGCGAGUACUGUCCAAGAGUGAAUGGAUGGAUUUAAAAAAAGAGUAUUUGGCACUGCAAAAAGCCAGUAUGGCAUCAUUAAAGAAAACAAUAUCUCAAAUAAAACUGGAGUCAGAAAUGGAAACUGACAGUGAUAAACCUGGAAUCAUAACAGAAAAGGCAGCCCACAAUCAAGAGUGUAGCCCUCAGGAUAAAGUUAAUGUAUCAGGCCCACAGUUUAUGAAUGGAGUGAUUGUGAAGAUCAUUAGUGCAGAGCUUCAACCUGGCAGGAAACAAGUGCGGGAUACUUUGGCCACAAUCUCAGAAGUUGUUUAUGUUGAUUUGCUUGAAGGAGAUACAGAAUGUCAUGUCAGAUUUAAAACUCCUGAGGAUGCUCAAGCAGUAAUCAGUGCACAAACUGAAAUUAAAAGGAAGCACUGCUGGAAACUCGAGAUCCUUUCUGGUGAUCAUGAACAGAGGUAUUGGCAGAAGAUUCUGGUAGACAGGCAGGCCAAGCUUAAUCAACCUCGAGAAAAGAAAAGAGGAACAGAGAAGUUAAUCACCAAAGCUGAAAAGAUAAGACUGGCAAAGACUCAACAAGCAAGUCAACACAUUAGAUUCUCUGAAUAUGAUUAAAAAAUUAUACUUUCCCUUCAUGUUUCACUGGAUACUUUAACAAUUAUUAGGAAGUCCAAUUUUAUUGUUUUAGUGCUGCUUGAUCUACUGAAUAAUUUUUUUGUAAAAUCUACAUUUAAUUAAAAUCACCUUUGUUUCUCAAGUGUAAAUAAGAUGUUUUUCUAAAGACAA